AUGAAUAUAGAUAAACUGGCUGCAUUGGCUGCAUUCAAUGUUGCACGAAAAGAUGCAGAAGAUCAACUGUUGGUGAUCACCAGUCCUGAAACCGACGAUAGAACACCUGAAGAUCUGAAAAAGGACGAAGAUUCACUUCAACGGCUUCAGCAAAGCAUUUCUCAACUUGACAGUAGCGAUCUGGAUGAUGAACAGCGUGAAGAGCAUGCUCAACUACUCGAUCGCAUUAUGAAGACGCUAGCCAUCUUAAAGCAACGUCGAAGCGAUAUAGAAGCUGAGAUCGCCCAACGCACGGCCGACGAAGCGCUAAGAGAUGCGAUCACUCCAGUGUCAAGUCGUCUUGUUCAACUUGUCAAUGAUGCUGAUCGUUUAUUGGGAGAUGCCGAAGGAGUGCCAGCACAGUAUAGACCGAGUGCUGAAGAACUGACCACUGAAUGCAAGAAAGCUGUUGAACUUCUACGGAACGCUCCAAAGAAUCAUCCAUCGGUGGAAUCUUUAGAAACUGCCCUCUCAUCCGCUGAAAACAUGAUACCAAUUCUAGAGGAGCGUGCAAAUAACUGGGAUGAGUUUGUAAAAGUGAGGGAUGAAGCGGAUGUUGAAUUGGACAAAUUGAGGAAACCACUUGAUGAUGUGCUGGCGAAACCACGAAGAACAAUAAAUGAUGCAAAGGUUGACUUUGAUGUAAUAUCUGCCGAACGACAAAAAUCUCACAUACUCGAUGGAAAGGUUCGUCGACUUCAAGAACUCUCGGAACUGCUCGAUCCUUUGGACAGCGCCUACGCUGACGUUCGUUUCAUUGACGUUGACGCAGAACAGACAGUACAACAGUACGAUGAUGUGCUAAAUGAGUUGUCGAGUGAAAUCGAAGACGAAAGCCUGUUAUGCGAUUCUGUCGACCAUUUCAUCACUGAAAUGAACGCCAUUUGUGAAUCGCUUGCUAAACAACCAACAAAGGAGACUAUCGAAAAUAUUGAACAGUUCCAGAUCCCAGCAUUACGAGCACAACUUCAAAUGCUUGAACAGAGACAUGAUGAAGCGUAUCACGGUCGUAAGCAUGUUGAUCCCGAUUCGUCGCGUUUGUCGAUUUUGAACGACCGUAUGGGUUCGUUGGAUGCGCUGCUCCGUGAUGCGAAAUCAUCUGCAGAGAAGGACGAACAGGAUCGACUUAAGGAAGUACUCCUUAUCAAAAUAUACGAACUACAAUCGAUUCCUAUUCGCGAGCUAUCGGAGAAAUCGUUGGAUGAUAUCGAGAAACAAAUUCAUGCUUUACCGAGUGAGAAUGCAGAACCAAUACAGAAACAGAUCGACGAAAUGCGUAACUCGAAGAAACAACAUGAUGAUGAGCUCCGAGAUGCACAAGAACGACUGGCUAUGAUCGAGGAGGCGAUCGCCACGCUACCAUCUACCCGUGAUAUUGCGACACUUGAAGCCAAUCUCGGACGUAUGCGAGACGCUCGUGAUAAUUUAGCGACUUUAUCACCGGAUCUGUUAGCUGAUGAGAAUAUUGGCAAUAAAGUGGAGAACAUGAGUAAAACCAUCGACGAUAUCACGAAACGUGAUGAAGAAGAGCUGCAAAAGAUGCUAACUGAUCGUGAUACUCGCAACAACAUCAUCGAAUCAUUAGAACAGAUUCAACGUGAAGUGGAAGAACUGGAAAAUAUCGUUCCGAUAACGUUACCAUCUUCAUCCGAUUUAAUCGAUUUCCAACAAGCUAAAACACCAAAGCUGCUCUCCAAGCUCGAUGCAAUCGCUGAUGUUCCCGUCGAUUUGCUUCCAAAGAAGGAUGAUCUUUCAAACAGGAUCGACAUUAUUAACAGGAAAUUAGAUGAUCAGGUGCAAGAAAUGAAGAAUUUCGAACAGAAGACUGCUGAUUUGCAAAACGUUCUCGAUGAAUGUCGUGGAAAAAUGAAAACUCGUGAUCUACCUGCACCUAUCGAUGACGUGACUAAGGAUGAACAAGAUCUGUCAGCAGUUCUUCUCGCAAUCGACUCCAUUCCACAAGAGGAUCUUUCACCAAGAAAUCAAUUGGCUCGAGAUGUGAACAACAUCAAGGAACAAGUGAAGGGGCAAUUGGCAAGUUUGCGAAAAGCCUUACCGGAUGAAAUGAAAGCACGUCAACAGCAGGAUGAAGUCAAGGAUCGACUAUCGAAUAUCGCAGAUGCUUUGAUAAGAGUGGAUCCUGAGAAUUUGGAGUCUGCAAAGCAACAAAUAGCAUCAAUUGAUGCUGAAUUACAACGGCUGAGUGGUGUUGCAAAUGCAUGUCAGCAAUUUGCUACCAGCCCGUCACCAGUUGUGAGUCACGAUGACCUUGACAAGACACUUCCAGAACAGGUGGAGAAGAUGCAGAAGGAAUGUGAUGAGAAGAAGAAGGAUAUCGAUCAAAUCGCGCAGUUGAACGCUGUUGCGCCUGAGAUUCUUCUCAUCUCUGAGAGUCUACAGCAACAACCGGACGAAAUACCGCAUAAUCUCAAUGAUCAGCAAUCAGUACUUGAGGAGCUCGAGACAAAGAAGCAACGUCUUGAGAAUCUCAUACAGACGAUACCGGCUGGCGAUGCGACGGAAGAGCUGCGACAGAGAAGCGAAUGGGAUUUGUCGAGGCUGAAAGAUCUUCUGAAGAGGCUUGGUGAUUCAGUUGGAGAUAAACUGGCUGCAUUGGCUGCAUUCAAUGUUGCACGAAAAGAUGCAGAAGAUCAACUGUUGGUGAUCACCAGUCCUGAAACCGACGAUAGAACACCUGAAGAUCUGAAAAAGGACGAAGAUUCACUUCAACGGCUUCAGCAAAGCAUUUCUCAACUUGACAGUAGCGAUCUGGAUGAUGAACAGCGUGAAGAGCAUGCUCAACUACUCGAUCGCAUUAUGAAGACGCUAGCCAUCUUAAAGCAACGUCGAAGCGAUAUAGAAGCUGAGAUCGCCCAACGCACGGCCGACGAAGCGCUAAGAGAUGCGAUCACUCCAGUGUCAAGUCGUCUUGUUCAACUUGUCAAUGAUGCUGAUCGUUUAUUGGGAGAUGCCGAAGGAGUGCCAGCACAGUAUAGACCGAGUGCUGAAGAACUGACCACUGAAUGCAAGAAAGCUGUUGAACUUCUACGGAACGCUCCAAAGAAUCAUCCAUCGGUGGAAUCUUUAGAAACUGCCCUCUCAUCCGCUGAAAACAUGAUACCAAUUCUAGAGGAGCGUGCAAAUAACUGGGAUGAGUUUGUAAAAGUGAGGGAUGAAGCGGAUGUUGAAUUGGACAAAUUGAGGAAACCACUUGAUGAUGUGCUGGCGAAACCACGAAGAACAAUAAAUGAUGCAAAGGUUGACUUUGAUAUCCCAGCAUUACGAGCACAACUUCAAAUGCUUGAACAGAGACAUGAUGAAGCGUAUCACGGUCGUAAGCAUGUUGAUCCCGAUUCGUCGCAGAAGGACGAACAGGAUCGACUUAAGGAAGUACUCCUUAUCAAAAUAUACGAACUACAAUCGAUUCCUAUUCGCGAGCUAUCGGAGAAAUCGUUGGAUGAUAUCGAGAAACAAAUUCAUGCUUUACCGAGUGAGAAUGCAGAACCAAUACAGAAACAGAUCGACGAAAUGCGUAACUCGAAGAAACAACAUGAUGAUGAGCUCCGAGAUGCACAAGAACGACUGGCUAUGAUCGAGGAGGCGAUCGCCACGCUACCAUCUACCCGUGAUAUUGCGACACUUGAAGCCAAUCUCGGACGUAUGCGAGACGCUCGUGAUAAUUUAGCGACUUUAUCACCGGAUCUGUUAGCUGAUGAGAAUAUUGGCAAUAAAGUGGAGAACAUGAGUAAAACCAUCGACGAUAUCACGAAACGUGAUGAAGAAGAGCUGCAAAAGAUGCUAACUGAUCGUGAUACUCGCAACAACAUCAUCGAAUCAUUAGAACAGAUUCAACGUGAAGUGGAAGAACUGGAAAAUAUCGUUCCGAUAACGAAAUUAGAUGAUCAGGUGCAAGAAAUGAAGAAUUUCGAACAGAAGACUGCUGAUUUGCAAAACGUUCUCGAUGAAUGUCGUGGAAAAAUGAAAACUCGUGAUCUACCUGCACCUAUCGAUGACGUGACUAAGGAUGAACAAGAUCUGUCAGCAGUUCUUCUCGCAAUCGACUCCAUUCCACAAGAGGAUCUUUCACCAAGAAAUCAAUUGGCUCGAGAUGUGAACAACAUCAAGGAACAAGUGAAGGGGCAAUUGGCAAGUUUGCGAAAAGCCUUACCGGAUGAAAUGAAAGCACGUCAACAGCAGGAUGAAGUCAAGGAUCGACUAUCGAAUAUCGCAGAUGCUUUGAUAAGAGUGGAUCCUGAGAAUUUGGAGUCUGCAAAGCAACAAAUAGCAUCAAUUGAUGCUGAAUUACAACGGCUGAGUGGUGUUGCAAAUGCAUGUCAGCAAUUUGCUACCAGCCCGUCACCAGUUGUGAGUCACGAUGACCUUGACAAGACACUUCCAGAACAGGUGGAGAAGAUGCAGAAGGAAUGUGAUGAGAAGAAGAAGGAUAUCGAUCAAAUCGCGCAGUUGAACGCUGUUGCGCCUGAGAUUCUUCUCAUCUCUGAGAGUCUACAGCAACAACCGGACGAAAUACCGCAUAAUCUCAAUGAUCAGCAAUCAGUACUUGAGGAGCUCGAGACAAAGAAGCAACGUCUUGAGAAUCUCAUACAGACGAUACCGGCUGGCGAUGCGACGGAAGAGCUGCGACAGAGAAGCGAAUGGGAUUUGUCGAGGCUGAAAGAUCUUCUGAAGAGGCUUGGUGAUUCAGUUGCAGACAAAAUGGUCGUCUUAGCUGCAUUUGAUUCUGUUCGCAGAGAUGCAGAAGAUCAGCUUUAUACGAUCGCUGGCCGUGACAGUGACGAUAAAACACCGGAAGAUCUGAAAAAAGACGAGGUUUCCCUUCAGAAAGUUCAGCAAAAUAUUUAUCAGAUUGACAGCAGCAAGCUGGAUGAGGAGGAGCGCGAUCAGUAUUCCCUUCUGCUUGAUCGCAUCGACAGAUUGCUUGCGAUCUUGAAGGUAUGUCGAUUAGUUCCACAUUAG